AUGUACUCCCCACUGACCCUCCUGUCCUGUCUCGCCGUUGCGGCGUCCGCCUCAAAUUUCGACUGUAUCCCCGGAGAGCCGUGCUGGCCCUCCCUGUCACAAUGGGCUUCUUUCAACUCGACCCUGGACGGACAGCUGAGAAUCACCGAGCCGUGGGCCAGCCCAUGCUAUGAUGACUCCGGCAAUUACGACGCCUCUCUAUGUGCCAUGGCUACGACAAAUUUCCGGGACGACGUGGCACGAGCUGCCAUAUACGGUUCAACUCAGAACCUCCAAUGGCAGGAGUGCGGCCCCCAGAAGUGUGUGCUAAAGGCUGCCGACGGCCUACAGUGCUCCCUCGGUGCCUUGUCUGCCUACUAUGUCAAUGCCACAACUGCCAACGACGUUAUCCAGACCCUCAACUUCGUCAACAAGACCGGUGUCCGCAUGUCAAUCAAGAACUCUGGUCAUGAUUACUUCGGCCGCAGCGUUGGCCCCAAUUCACUUGCCUUGUGGACCCGGAACAUCCAGAAGUACGAGUUCCACGAGAAGUUCACCCCUGAGGGCUGCUCCAAGACGUACGAAAACAUCGGUGUCAUUGGCGCCGGUGUGAGCGCGGGCGAAGCAGCUGCCUACUUCAAGGAAAAGGGCAUGGAUAUCACACUGGGUGCCAUGGCAAGCGUUGGAGCCGCUGGUGGCUUCGGCCAGGGUGCUGGCCAUGGCCCCUUGGGACCCAAGCACGGUUUGAUGGUUGACCAGGCCGUUGAAUUCGACGUUGUCACUGCCGAUGGUAUCCUGCGCACCGUCAAUGCUUGCCAAGAGCCCGACCUCUUCUGGGCCCUUCGCGGUGGAGGUGGUGGUACCUAUGCUGUCUUGAUCAACUACAAGUUCAAGGUUUAUCCUUCAGUUCCUUUCAACACCUACAGCUUCCUGGCAGACAUCACCGAUCUUCCCAAGGACGUCACUCAGAGCUGGGUCUAUCAUGCCAUCUUUACUCGCUUCGUUGAGAGCCAGCAGGCCUGGUCCAAUGCCAACAUGUCUGGCUACAACUUCUUCUCUCGCAACAAGAUCGAGACGCAUCUCGUCUGGCCCGCCAAUCAGCCCCUCUCUGCCAUGAUCGACCUGACGUCCGAGUGGGCCAACUUCCUGACCUCUCUCCCUGGCAUGAAGAUCAACAAGCAUGCCUACGAGCGGUUCCCAACCUACAAUGACUGGGCUACUGACUCGGAUUACCGCGGCAUCAUCAAGCGCAACGCGCCGGGUGGCAUGGCCGUCGUCGAAACCGGCCGCCUCGUCCCCCGCUCGCUCUUCGCCUCUCAGGAAAACCGCACUGCGCUCGUUAACGCGCUCGUCAACGGCUUGGCCGCGGGCUCCGCCGACAACGACCACUUCCAGGUCCAGGUCUACGCCACCACCCCAGCCAACACUCCCGACGAGGCCCGCGACACAUCGGCUCACCGGGCAUGGCGCGAGGCCCUGUGGACGCUGGACUACGUCUCCGGCUACAUGGAGGGCACGCCGCAGUGCAAGAUCGACGCGCUCUGGAAGGGCAGCCGCGACGCCAUGGCGUUCCUCAAGAAGCUCACGCCCGGCGGCGGCUGCUACGUCAACGAGGGCGACUACGGCGAGCCGGACUGGCAAAACACCUUCUUCGGCGAGAACUACGCCCGCCUGCUCAAGAUCAAGAACAAGUGGGACCCCCGCAGCCUGUUCAACUGCUGGAAGUGCGUCGGCUGGACGGGCGAGGACGACCGCAGGUACUCGUGCUAUGGCAACACGCCGAGCCCGUCAGAGCGCCUGCCAUUGUGCGGCUUGGCCGCCGGCGCAAAGGACCGCCUGAAGCACCAGCAUCCCGACGGACUGCCGUGGAGCGAGCAGCUGGGCUUGGUGUACACUGAGGAAUUGUGA